CAUUUUGUUUUGUGUUUGUUUGUUUUUUUAGAAGUAAAUGCAGCAUGUUUUACUGGGAGAACAGAGACUCCGUGGACAAUGUCGGGAACAUGUCCAAAGCGGACAUACUGAGAGAAAUCGUCAAAGAGAAACUGGCUACAGCCGCCCGGGAAAUCUUAGCGGUUGUGGAAAGAAUCGUAGCCGGUUACGAGGAGGAGGCUUCGGGCUUCAGAGAGGAGAUCGACCGGCAGAGGAGACAGCUGGAGGCUUUCCAGCCAAAAGUCAAACUGGAGACACGAGGUGUGGAGGACACUGGGAUUCAGAGUCUCUUCUGCAGUGAGGAAGAUGAGGAGCAAUCGGCACUGAACUCCAGACAAAGUCGAGAUGCCAAAAAGGAUCCGGAUUAUCAAACACCUUCCAGGUCUUUGAAGCGUACGAGUAAGAAAACAAAACAAGGCCAAUGUCGGACAAAUCUGGUUGUGAACCAUGUAGCCCUCAGGGUCUGCAUUCUGGAAAACCCACAGUCCAGUAUCCUUCCAAAGAACGUGUUGAAGACAUCCCUGGUGCAAGAGCUACAGUGUCCUCGUGGCCUGCAGGAGGCAGAAUUCCUAGGCCUGCUGAGGUCCACCUUCCCUCAGCUGGCUGGAGGUCAACAUUUUGACAUCUUCACACCCGACAGCAACAGGAACCUGCAACCUUUGAAACUGAGUAUCCUGACACCAGAGGAGAUCAGAAGGUCCACCACGUCCACCGGAACAGGAAACCCGUUCAUCUACAUUCGGCUGAAGAAAAACAGCGAUGUCACCGAGGAGCCGUUUUCGUGGUCUGCCCUGCAGAAAAAUGAUGACACUGGACUCUGUGCAAGCAGUGCGGAAGAUAAUGGAGUUGACCAAACCUCAACAUCACAAAAGCAAGAAGUCAUGGAAACAGAAGACCUCAGUAAUGGAGGCGAUGAUGAUCUGUCAGACCUGAUGGAGAACACUGAGACUUGCAUGGACGAUAGCGAAGACGGUGGGGAGGGGUCAUGUAAAGGAAACGAUGACUGGAAACCAGACCUGAGGGACAACAAGCGAAGUGAUUCUGUCCUGCAGUCAUCGAGCAUCCUGGACUCAAAGGGAGCCAAGAGAGUGUUGACGGAUAAAACAAAAAUUCACUGCAAAAUCUGUGGCGUUUUCUACAAGUUCAUGGGUAGUUUAGUCAAACAUGCCAGGAAUCACAUCGGCGAACCUGAACGUCUUUGUGGAGUGUGUGGAGUACAUUUCCAAUCUGAGGAUGAGUUGGUCGAGCAUCUUAAAACUUAUCAAAAAAUGUAUGAGUGCUCCUACUGUGGAAAGUCUUUCUCCCAGAGUAAAAGCCUCACCCAACACAUCACCGUGCACACCGGAGACAGGCUGCACAAAUGUGAUGUUUGCCAGAAAGCCUUUUCUUGCAAGUCCAUGUUGCGCACUCACCAAUGGGUGCAUGUAACUGACAAACCUCACAAAUGUGAGGUUUGUCAGAAAUCCUUUGGCCUAACAUCCCAGCUCAAAGCUCACCGUAAGCUCCACACGGACAAAGAACGGUUCCACUGCAUCAUUUGCGGCAUAUCUGUCUACGACCGCAAGUCUUUAUUACGCCACCAGGCGACUCACAAAGAGGAAAGACGGUAUGGCUGUCAAGUUUGCGGGAAGCAUUUUAAGAUUCAGCAGACGUUAAGGGACCACGCAAAGAUCCACACGGCCAGAGACAGAACUUACCUGUGCCACGUUUGCUGCAAAACCUUUGUUGCGAAGAGCUGUCUCAACGUUCACAUAAAAACGCACACCAAAGAGAGGCCGUACGUCUGCAAGGUGUGUGAUCAGGGCUGCUUAACCAAAGGGGCGCUAAGCAUUCAUAUGCGUGUCCACAGCGGGGAGACACCAUACAGCUGCACCGAAUGUGGUCGUAGUUUUAAAAACAAGAGUAAUUUGAAAGGCCACAUGAUGACUCAUACUGGUGUAAAACUGUUCUUCUGUGGCGUUUGUGGCAAAGGUGUUGCUCGCCGGGAACACCUGACUGUCCACAUGAGGACCCACAAUGGGGAAAGACCUUAUCAGUGUACGCUGUGUGACAAAGCCUUUACGCAGAGCCACUGUCUGAAAUCUCACAUGAAGACCCAUCAGGUGGCAGAUGAGUUCAAGUCCUCUCAAGAGGAAGAAGUGCAAAGUAAUCUUUGUUGAACGCAGCAGAAGGAAAUCUCUGCAAAUCAGACCCGUGAAGAUCCACUUACAGAAAUGAACAGAUGCAAAAAUGUCGAACUACAAACUCCUGCUCUCGCAUGUGGG